UUCUGGGUAGGAUUGCAUUGUCAGUUUCCCCCAGUUUCAAGACAGUGGUACUAUUACAGUAAAGAACAGUGACUCAUUCAACUGCUGUCACCCUGAAGUUGCCUCCUUUUCUUCUGACAAAAACGCUGUGUGUUUAACAUUUACAUGAUAAGACACCAACUCAAGAAGUCAGAGGAUACUUUGUUAAUUAUAGAAUGGAGGAGCUGAGCUUUGCAACUGUGGAAGAUGCAGUGCAGUACCAACUAUUCUUGACAUAUGAACCACAAGACUCCAAACAUCAUCAAGAAAUUCUUCAGCAAUACAUUGAAAAAAUACUAGCACACCUUGCACCCAUGCUGGUUUCCUACAUCUGGCAAAACCAGCCAUUUAAUCUAAAGUACAGACCUGCCAAAGGUGAUAUUCCUGCACAUAUUGCUGGCUUCACAAAAUUUGGGGAUAAUAUUGAAGAUGAAUGGUUUAUUGUAUACCUCAUAAAGGAGAUUACAAAGGAAUUUCCAGAAUUAGCAGCUAGGGUGGAUGAUAAUGAUGGUGAAUUCCUGCUAAUAGAAGCAGCUGAUUUUCUUCCAAAGUGGUUGAAUCCUGAAAACAGCAUCAAUCGGGUGUUCUUUCAUUGUGGGCAAUUGUGCAUAGUUCCAUUGCCAAAGACUCCUGAAGAGAAGAUAUUAUUUCCGGCUACCAAUCUUACAAUUCCUCAGGCAUUGAAGUUAUUUUCUACCUAUUCUGGGGACUUUAUGGCUGCAAAAUCUAUCAGAGCAGCAAUAUAUAAGCGCAUCAGUGGGUAUCCUGAGAGAAUCCAGGCUUUCCUUCACCGAGCUCACUGCUAUCUUCCUGCAGGCAUUGCAGUAGUACUGAAACAACGUCCUGCAUUAGUGUCUGCAGCAGUCCAGGCUUUUUACUUGCGAGACCCCAUUGACUUAAAAGCAUGUCGCAUUUUCAAAACCUUCCCUCCAGACACGCGCAUAAUGAGAUCAGUUACUUUUACUAAAUGUCUAUACGCACAGUUGGUUCAACAGACCUUUGUACCAGAUAGACGGAGUGGUUACGUAUUGCCUCCUCGUUCACAUCCUCAGUACAAAGCACAUGAGCUAGGCAUGAAAUUGGCUCAUGGUUUUGAAAUUCUGUGCUCAAAGUGCAAUUCAUCUUCUCAUGAUUCCAAGAAACAUAUAAUGAGUGUUCCACUGUGGGAUAACUUUCUCAGCAGCCUCAAGAAAAACAAUUUUUUUAAGGGUGAGCUGGAAGGUUCUACUCAGUAUCUGGAUCGGUUGCAUAUGGCAGAAAAUUAUUUCCAGCAGACUGUAAUCAAUCCCCAAAGUUCAGUUACUGAAAGCCCAGGAGAGGAAAUUCUGAACAUAUUAAAAGCAGCUUCCUUUAAUUUGGAGGAUUUGGGAAAAGAAGCAAACACUCUUUCUCCAGAGGAUGAUGACAGUUGGUUGGAGAUCUCGCCGGACGCUCUAGAUCAGAUCCUUAAGGAUGCAUCAAGUACAAACAAGUCCACUUCUACCGUAACAGAGGAGGAACAGAACUAUGAUUUGGCAGAGGUCACUAAAAGCAUGAAGGCUUUUAUAUCUAAAGUCUCUACAUAUGAAGGAGCAGAAACGCCAUGGUCCUUUACUGAAGCCCAUGUCACUUUUGAUGCUGACUCAUUCACAAACGCCUUAGACAAAAUAUUGGGGGCAAAUUCAGAAGAGCUGGACUCCGAUGAUUUGGAAGAAGAGGAGGAGUUUGAAUUCCUAAGCAGUGAUGAAGAGUCUGAUCUAAAAUCCGACAGUCAAGCACAAGCAGCAUCUUGGAAUGAAACAGCUGGAAAUCUCAAAUCAUACAUGGAUGAAAUGGACCAUGAACUGUCAGCCACCAAUAUUGGGAAAAGCUUUACCAAUCACCCCAAAGUGGCUGUUUCUAGUAAAGAAUCUUCAUCCCAAGACCCUAAGAGUGGUUUAGAAGAUGACCUUGGUGCAGAAGAUGGUGACUUGACACCUGUGGAUAUAGAUUUUAACCUUGUGACUAACUUGCUAGAAUCAUAUAACGCUCAAGCUGGACUAGCAGGACCAGCCUCUAACAUUCUGCAGAGCAUGGGAGUAUAUUUACCUGAAAAUGCAGACAACAAACCUCACUAGCGAUUCACUGAUGGAAUCAUCAGGUUUCCUAGUUCAGAGAUACGUUGCUGGAUAGAAGCAGUGUCCCGAGAAGCCAUUCUUUUUUGGAAUGGAGGAUGAAAGAUUUUCAAUCCUCAGGAGACCCACAGCUUUAAAUACAUGUGAGUAGUUUCUUCACUCUCACUUGUGAGAUGGCCUGUGGAAUCUGUUUCCUAGUUGUCUGUGUUAGUGUCAGAAAUUAAGAUGUCUUAAGAAAAUUGACACUUGCAAAUAUUUUUCUAUAGGUAUUUUAAUAGGUAAAAGUGUGUUUUCUUACAGUGUUUUCUUUUUGAUGUUGUGACUUUAAUAUUAAACAACUGUCAGAGAAUAAACAUUCUCAAAGCAAUCAGGAUACAACUCUGUUUAUUGAGAGAGAAAACAUGGGUGUGUGAAAUCCAGACCAGGUUCUGAAUCUGAAUAGCACACCUGAACAUGGAACUUUCCUACAUUCUUUGGGUAGGAAGCAGAGCUAUUGCAUCAAUAACUCAGCAUAACUUUUCUGACAGCAGCAGGUUAUGCUUCAGCCAAUCAUGAAGUUCUAUUUCCCUCAUGGACCGCUUGUACUAUCCAUGGGGGAUGCUUGGCUUAACUAACAUCUAUACAGUGCAUGUUACAAGUUGCGUAUAGCAUAGCUCAUGGAUAUGGGUUAACAUUGUUGUGAGAUGUUUCUCAAAUGUCUCUGCUGAUAGUUACACUGUCUACAGCAAGUCACAGAGCUAGUCUUUUGCAAGUGCGAGCAUGUGAAAAGAAAGGCUUUCUAGACUGUAAUUUCUUAUUCUAGGUAACUUGCAUUAGUUCUUGCAAGGUACAUAUGUGGCAAGAAAUAUACUGUGCACAAUUCAGCUGUUUUGACAGUUACUUGUUAAAGCAGUAACAGCCGAGAAUAACUUCACUCCUUCCAACCCCUCUCAUCUUGAGUCUUAUAUGCCUAGGAAUAAGAAAUGAAUUAAUGUUUGGGCUGACCAGGGCUUAAACUUCUGCCUCCACACAGUGUUGGAAGGUCCCAGAGGAUCAUUUGUGAAGAGUACAUUCUUGUUGUCCGGAAAGUCUGCCCAUGCUUCUUGUACUUCCUACUAAAAGUGCAAAUAAUGUAAAAUAUGGUUUUCUUUAAUAUGCAAUGAGGCUUCUUUGUGUUUCUCUACAGUAUUACAUAAUUAGGCAUCCCAGGUGGCACAGGAAAACUUUUCUGCUUUUAUUUUAGAUCCCAAUGAAGUCAAGCAAUUGAGGGAAGGCAAUGUUAGUUCAUUUAACUGAUCACUGUUUAGUUUUUCUUUAUGCUCUUUGUACAAAUGCAUUUUUUGUCUCUUCGAAUUUGAAAAGCUCAAAGCAAUUGUACAGCAAUUGUUCUGAGACUGAACUGGUGCAUCAGCAUGAAGCCUGCUGCUAGCAGAAGGUUCAGGCCCAAGGGUUCACUAUAUGGUUUCCAGACCAGAUGUUGCUGAGUCAGAUCUGAGUUCUGUCUUAAGCCCUAUUGCGGUCUUCAUACAUGUCUUUCAAAACAGCUUUUUGUUUCCCCUGUCUGCAAUAUUAGCGAGUUAAUUCUAUCAUUUGCCAAAGGAUGCUGUUCAAUUUCACAAUCUGGAGAUAUUACAAGUAUGGUUUAAAAAAACUGAUCCUGUGAAAAAAAUAAAAAACAUUAAACAAGCUUACUAGAUCA